UAAGUUCACUAGAAAAUAUGAAACAACAUAAGUAAAAACAAAAAUUCUCUUCGUUGCAACAGAAACCGGUGGUCGGCGGUGAAGUUUUUCCUAAGUAAUUUUCUGAGAUAAUAACUGUGAGUUGAGUGACCAUCUGGAUCAUUCACAGAGUCAAGGGUGAAUAUUCUAGCUAAAUGAAGAUGCAAGUAUGGUACUUUCGUGAUUUAGCACCAAGUUUGAGUUGAUAUCUCAGAUGGUCUCGCUUCACUUUUUUGGUCAGAGUGAUUUUCUGAGAUAAUAACUGUGAGUUGAGUGACCAUCUGGAUCAUUCACAGAGUCAAGGGUGAAUAUUCUAGCUAAAUGAAGAUGCAAGAAUGGUACUUUCUUGAUUUAGCACGAAGUUUGAGUUGAUUUCUCGGAUGGUGUUGAUCUUAUUACAUGGGUUUGCCGAGAUUUAAACGUCCUGAAGGGACUAGUGAACCAAGUUCAAAUCUUUAUGUAGCCAAUUGUGGACCUGCUGUUGGACUAACUUUGGACACAAUUGAAACCGUAUUUGGUGCAUAUGGUCAAGUUAAGGGAGUACAUCUCGCUGAUGAAAGUGGCACUAGGGUUAUUGUGUCUUAUCAUGACGAGAAGUCUGCAGAAUCUGCCCUGAAGGCAUUGAAUAGACGUGCAUGCCCUGAGCUUGGUGGCCGGUCUUUGCACAUUCAAUAUUCAGUACCGUCUGUUUGUCAGGUUGCAGUGAAUGACUCAGUUCAGGUGUCUACGGAAGCUUCAGAGUUGGAUAUUCCCGGUCUUUACUUGAUUCAUGACUUCAUAAGUGCCAAAGAGGAGGAGGAACUACUUGCAGCAGUUGAUUCAGGGCCGUGGCAAAAACUUGCUAAAAGAAAGGUUCAGCAUUAUGGUUAUGAAUUUCACUAUAAUACGAGGAAUGUCAACACAAACCAGUACUUGGGUGAACUUCCAUCAUUUCUUUCCCCAAUCCUUGACAAGAUGUCAGUGUUUCAAAAGCUUUGUUACACUGAAACUGUACUUUUGGACCAGCUCACGGUUAAUGAAUAUCCACUCGGAGUGGGUCUGGCUCCACAUAUUGACACCCAUUCAGCAUUUGAAGGAUUAAUAUUCAGCCUUUCAUUGGCAGGGCCUUGUAUCAUGGAGUUCAGAAAGUAUUCUACUGGUGUUUGGCCUACAAGCGCUGACACAUUAAGUGAUGAAGAGGCUCAACAUUCCGACAAGAGCUCCAAGUUCUUGAGGAGGGCUAUUUAUCUGCCCCCUCGGUCGAUGCUGUUAUUAUCAGGAGAAGCACGCUAUGCUUGGCAUCAUUACAUUCCCCACCAUAAGAUUGAUGUAGUGAACGACAGCAGAAUCAGAAGGGGUUUAAGGAGAGUGUCCUUUACGAUACGCAAGGUACGAAAAGGACCAUGCGAAUGCGAGUUCCCCGAAUACUGUGAUUCUCAGAAGUAAAAGACAAUUAUAGACUGAUUAUGCUUUGCCAGAAGCCCGGAAAAUUUGAUCAUUGAUUAUUUCAUUCCGCGUGGUUAUGUUCUGUCUGGACCAUCUUCUGGUGAAAUUAAGCGACCAGGUCCAGGUCGACAACUGUAAUAUAAAGCUGAGGGGUUCUCUCUACUUUCAUCAGAUAGGCGUAAGGCUGCAUACAGACCAUCGUCCCCGGACUCCACGGGUGAAAUUUCACUACGUAUAUUGUUGUUUUAGCUCUAUAUUUAAGUUGCAAUGAUUUGCUAUGUUAAGUUUUUUUUUGGAAGAAGAGGAAUUAGUUUUUGGUGGACAGAGUUACCUGGUAUCUGUUGAUGAUGGAAGGUGACAGAUAUCGCAUGGAAUUAGUCAAGGUGCACACAAGUUGCCCCGGACACCACGGUUAUCAAGAAACAGAAGGAUUAGUCUUGUCUAUUGCAGUAGAAAUUCCAGGACAUAUCCUUUUUCUAUUUCUUAGAGUAGCCUUUUAGUCUAUACCCAAUUACCCUCAGAUCCUUCAAAAAUGACGUAGCUGUUUUUGACCGUUAUCUCUUUGAACAUGUGAUAAAAUGUUUUUAUUUAAGCAACUUGAUGUAGCUGUUUUUAUUUGAACUUUGUGGGGGAACUUUUUUUUUUGGCUUA